AUGGCCACAGCAUUUGUAAGAGGGGCUCACACAAUGAACUCCAUGUUCUUCAAACCGAUUGGGCGAAAGGGCUUCCACAGGAAAAGCUCUUCACCAGAUAUGAUGAGGGAGAGAGUUGAAACAGAAAGCAAGGAACUGAAGAGCAACCAGAGCCAUGUGGGGGGUGAAGUGACUCCUUGGGUGCUCGAUGGGCGAACUGGAAUUUAUUACCCUAAAGGCCACGAGAAGGUCCUUAACAGCAUUCCCGAUGGCGGUGGGGCUGCAGUUAACACCCAGGUCAACUGGUUUAACGAUGAAAACAUCUAAAAGGGUGUUUAACAUUGGCCUGUUGCUCCAUCCAGAUUACCUUAUUGCGUCUGAAUUCACAAAAAGCAAACAGAGCCAAGCGUUGUUGUUAAACUGAUGACGUCACCAAUAUCCGUUUCAAAGCAAUUGUAUCAAUUAAACUCAAUAAGUCCAAUUUAGAGGUAAAUAUUAAGAUUCACAAAUCAACAAGCACAAAAAUAUUACGAAUAAUUUGUGGUUGUGUUUAUUAUAUAAUUAACUAGAAUCAACUACACUUACAAGCUUGCUGACGAUAUCUACAAA